AUGCAAAUAGGUUUAAAGAAGAAGCUUACUGCGCUCUCCAAAGAAAAAGAUCGUGGUGAUAUUGUUCAUUGGAUAAAAAGUGUAAGCAAUCAUUUGUACUGGGUUGCUGCAUCUACUCUUUCUGCUGAUGGACAAUUAAUGCUAGAAAAAUGGCUAAGUGUUCAAAAUCACAUUCAAAAUGUUCACCAGGGACAUGGUGAUUUAUUCACUAUUUGCAGUCAUGGGGAAUUGGUGGGCAGUGAGAGGAAGAAAUUGUGGCUAAAACCAGGAACCAAACUAUGUGAACGAUUCCAGGAUGUUGUUUCAUCUAGACAAAUGAAAAAAGACAUACCUAUGCUUUCAACAGGACAGCAGACCUCAUGUCUGGAAUCUUAUCAUGGUGUUUUUAACCAUUUUGCACCUAAGAUGAUUGGCUUUUCCUACCACGGACAAUUAUGCAGGUUACUUUUGGCUGUAAUGUACUUCAAUGAAAAUACAAACAGGGAGCAAUUUAUUAAUCAAAAUGGAGAAGCUGGGUUUUUUACAAUGGGGAGGAACAUUGAAAACCCAUGA